UGCUAUUGACUUUAUUUAAGAAAAAACGUAAUCGCCGUCUUAUAAUUAAUUAGCUUUUUCUCAAUACGUAUACAUAUCAUUUUAAUUUCGAAUUCUAUGUCUAGCUCUUCUACAUUGGCAUAUUUGCAGGAUGUCCCGGCACUAGAACCGCCUCCUGGUGUUACUUCUAAUCUGUCGCAUCUGGAGGAUAAAGGCUAUAUUCUUAUCAUUGUUUGUUCUUUGCUUCUUGUUCUUAUGAUUUUAUGUUUUUCCGCUCGUGUGUAUGUUCGGUUUACGAGUAAGACUUAUGUUUGGGGUGAUGGUAAGAUGCUUUUUGAACUAGAUUGCUUGGCUUGGGAUUCGGGAAUGUUGCUAAUAUUAUUGAUUGAGUUACUUGUUUGUUUGCUAUUGUUAGUAAGAGUCUAUAACUUGUGGUAGAGCUUCGUUGUCUAACUUGCUGCUUGAAAAGAUUUUCGCAAUAGCUUAUUACAUUGCGUCAAUCAUAGGUCAGUACAGAUACCAAAUGUCCCCAGGGUACCUACUAAUGGCACAAUAUUAGGUGUUGUGAAAGGUCCCGUAGGCAAGCAUCAGUGGGAUAUCACCAUUGGAGAUGUGACGAGCGAUGAUUUCAUCAUAGUACGUGUUUGACUAGUCUUUUGUUACUGGGCCUAGCCAACUAGCAAUAGGCCGUUGCAUUCCUCAGCAAUCUUUUAUUUUCCCCAACUCUCCUUCUUACGAAAGUCACAUUAUUCGCCCUCUACCUGGAAUUAUUCCAUCCCUUUAAAUGGUUAAAGAUAUGUGUAUACAUCGGAGUCAUCACAACAACCAUGUUCUAUCUUGCAACAGGAGCUCUAAUGACAGUAUGGAGUUCUCCUAGUCAUGGACAAACUUGGAAAGCGCAUCUUUUUACAAUGGAACAACAAUAUGCUCAAAUCUACGCGUCGCCUUUUGCGGCAGUUGGUUUGGCUAUUGAUUUGUAUCCUCUUAUUCUUCCAUUGAAGGCCGUAUAUGAUCUUUACUUGCCGCUUAGACGCAAGUUCGAAGUAGGAGUUGUUUUCUUGACUGGUAUUUUGUAUGCACCCUGUUCAAACUUCCACUAUUAUAGCCUAGUUUCCGAAACAAAUCCUGACAAUUACUCCUACAGUGCUUAUAUCGCUUCUACCCUCAGUGUCUAUUAUCGAUUCAUCAAUAAGUAGAGCAACACUAAAGACACAACAUGGAGCCUACAAAAUGUCAUUAUUUUCUC